AUGGGCUCUGCCGUGCUUGCACAUGCAAAGCUUUUGAACUGGUUGCUGUCGCUGUCGAGUCUGAUAUGCUGUUCUGCUGCUGCUGAUGUGGAUGAGCCCAACCUAAGCAAGAGUUCCUUGCCUCGCUAUGAACCUGAUCAGGGGGGUGCCGUUGGCUCUUCACAAGAUACGAGGCUACAUGUUUUCACAGUGGACUAUGACUAUGUGCAAAUUCCCUAUGAAGUUACUCUUUGGAUCCUCCUUGCCUCUCUUGCAAAAAUAGGUUUCCAUCUCUAUCACCGAUUACCAAGACUCAUGCCCGAAAGCUGCAUCCUGAUUGCCAUUGGAGCACUAGUAGGAGCGAUCAUCUUUGUUUCUGAUCACAAAUCUCCACCGGUGAUGAACACAAGUAUUUACUUCUUGUAUCUCCUUCCACCCAUUGUCCUGGAGGAGGGUUAUUUCAUGCCAACUCGCCCAUUUUUUGAAAACUUUGGGUCCAUCCUGUGGUGGUCCGUGCUGGGAUCCCUGCUAAACUCGUUUGGGAUCGGACUCUCCCUCUACGGAGUCUGCCAGAUCGAAGCCUUUGGCCUGACUGACCUGAACCUGCUGCAGAACCUGCUCUUUGGCAGCAUGAUUUCAGCUGUGGAUCCUGCAGCAGCUCUGGUAGUUUUUGAAGAAGCCUCCGUUAAUGAGCAGCUUUACAUGAUGAUCUUUGGAGAGUCAUUGCUAAAUGAUGGCAUAACUGUGGUUUUAUAUAACAUCUUCAUCGCCUUCACGCAGAUGCACAAGUAUGAAGAAAUCGAAUCCAUCGACGUUCUUGCUGGCUUCGCUCGCUUCUUCGUGGUGGGGCUGGGCGGCAUGUUGUUUGGCAUCGUCUUUGGAAUUGUUUCAGCGCUCAUGACUCGAUUCACCCACAACAUUUCUGCUAUUGAACCUCUGCUGGUCUUCAUGUUCAGCUACCUGUCAUACUUGUCCGCUGAAACCCUUUACAUCUCGGGCAUUUUGGCGAUGACAGCAUGUGCAGUGACGAUGAAAAAAUAUGUGGAGGAGAAUGUUUCCCAGAAUUCCUAUACCACAAUAAAAUAUUUCAUGAAGAUGCUGAGCAGCGUCAGUGAGACCCUGAUUUUCAUCUUCAUGGGAGUGUCUACAGUGGGAAAAAACCAUGAGUGGAACUGGGCCUUCAUUUGCUUCACUCUGCUCUUCUGUCUCGUUUGGCGGACACUGAGUGUAUUUGCUCUGUUCUACAUCAGUAACAAGUUCCGAACAUAUCCCUUCACCUUCAAAGACCAACUCAUUAUUUCCUACAGCGGCCUUCGAGGAGCCAGCAGCUUCUCUCUUGCAUUCUUGCUUCCAGUGAAUCUCUUCCCAAGAAAAAAAUUGUUCAUUACUGCUACUCUUGUAGUUAUAUAUUUCACCGUGUUCAUCCAAGGAAUCACAAUUGGUCCAUUGGUCAGAUAUCUAGAUGUUAAAAAGACCAACAAAAAGGAGUCUAUCAAUGAAGAAAUUCAUGUGCGAUUGAUGGAUCACUUGAAGGCUGGUAUUGAAGACAUAUGUGGACAUUGGAGUCAUUAUCAACUGAGAGAUAAGAGCAGUAAAAAUCGGCGUGUGCAUAGGCUGUCCCCUGCAGAGGUGGAGUCCAUGAGAGAUGUCCUGGCACAUAAUCUAUAUCAAGUGCGACAAAGGGCACCAACAUACAGCCGACACAGCCUGCCUACCAACACAAAUGAGAAACAAGCCCAAGAAAUCCUCAUCCGUCGGCAGCACAGCCUGAGGCAGAGUUGCAGGAAGGGAAACAGCUUACCUUGGGGUAGACAGGCUAGCACCACGGGUGUACGCUACCUCUCUUUGCCUCAGGGCCCCAGCCAGCCCACUAGACGAAAAACCAGGCGUGUUACUUUUACAGAUCAUCACAGAGGUGGCUCUGAUGCUGAGUUCCCAGUAAUGUUCAGACCCCAGCCCCGACUACGGCCACACGAAGCAAAGCACCGCCAGGAAGAACUGAUUCCAAUGGCACACUUGGAUAGACGAGCGGGCCCAUCCAAUCUGUCCGGUCAAAGAGGAAAUUCAAUCAGCCAGCAUCGUUUCACCAGAGCAGACAAUCUAGCUCUAAUGCCAAAGUCUCGAUUCACUGUGGGAGAAGUAGAGAGGUAUGAGUCAGAAGAAGAGACAGAAACAAUGGCACCAGCCAGGCCAUUAGUCAUAUGA